AUGACUGAAGUGGCAAGAGGGGUGAAAAAUCCAAAAAUAAUCACAAAGUUUGCAGGAGAAGUUGGAGAGUCAACCACUGAACAUGUCGCUCGAUAUUUGGUUGAGAUUGAAAUUUUAGCCAAUGAUGAGAAUUUGAAAAUGAAGCCAAAUUCGAUAACGACAUGGAAUCAAUUAGAAACUGCUUUUCAUGCUCAAUUCUAUCGAGGGAAAAUGAAUGUGGUAGUUACUAAUCUGCUUGCUUUGAGACGUGAAGAUGGUAAAACCAUUGAUGACUAUAUGAUACAUUUCAAAAACGCUAGAAGUAGAUGCUAUAUUUCAUUACCCGAGAAUGAAGUUGUGAAAAUAGCCAUUAUGGGGAUAGAAUUUUAUAUGCGCCGAAAGUUGCUUAAUGUGCAUAUCUCUGACUUAGCCCAUUUAGCUGAAAAGGUUCGUCAGACCGAACUCAUUAAAAAGGAGAAGGAGAAAUAUAGGAGUGAGCAAAGAUCAAAGGAUAAACAAUUAAUUUUGCCUGAGGGUAGAACUUUACUUUCGGUGAAAGAUUUGAAAGGAAAACCUUAUUGUAAAUUUCACCAAGAAACUAGUCAUUCAACAAACAGUUGUGUUCGUUUCAGGGAUUUGAUUCAGGAAGCUAUUAUGGAGGGACGUUUGAAAUUCGACGAUGGUAAGAAAGAGAUGAAGGUUGAUACCGAUCCCUUUGAUGCUGAUGCCAGCUUUGUUGAACCGUGUUUUGGAGUGAAUACGGUUGGCAUGUCUUAUGAUUUUGAUGUGGCUUUUGAUGAUUUUGAGUCACAAGUUUGA